GUCAGCCUGGAUCAGCUGACUCCAUUUCUGCUUCUCCUUUAGAAGCUCUUCCUCCUCCAUCGAGAUAUAGCGCUUCAUUUAAUACUACUUUUUCCCCGAUAUCGUGCUUUUCCUGGCAACAAAUUUUAAAUUCGAGCCUUCCACCCCUCGCUGCUCCGCCGGGCUGACUGCAGGAUCGAUGCUGCUGGAGUGGAUGAUGAACGGACACGCCAUUCUCUACACGGGGGUCACUCUGGCCUUCUGGAGCACCAUACUCAUCGUCGGUAUCUGCUACACUAUAUUUGACCUUGGAUUCCGCUUUGAUGUGGCAUGGUUCCUGACAGAGACUUCUCCUUUUAUGUGGGCCAAUCUGGGGAUCGGGUUGGCCAUCUCUCUGUCCGUGGUGGGGGCGGCCUGGGGGAUCUACAUCACCGGCUCCAGCAUCAUUGGUGGUGGUGUUAAAGCACCACGAAUUAAGACAAAAAAUUUGGUCAGCAUCAUUUUCUGUGAAGCUGUUGCCAUCUAUGGGAUCAUCAUGGCCAUCGUCAUCAGCAACAUGGCUGAGCAAUUCACUGGAACAACCCCUGAGACCAUCGGAGCACGAAAUUACCAAGCCGGUUACUCCAUGUUUGGAGCCGGCCUCACUGUCGGCUUCUCCAACCUGUUCUGUGGCAUCUGCGUGGGCAUUGUGGGGAGCGGAGCUGCUUUGGCGGACGCCCAGAACGCCAGCCUCUUUGUGAAGAUCCUCAUUGUGGAAAUCUUUGGAAGUGCAAUUGGCCUGUUUGGCGUUAUUGUCGCCAUUCUGCAGACAUCAAAAGUAAAGAUGGGAGACUAGAAGAUGCAUUCACAUGCUGGGAGGAGAGGAAAAAUACUGCUGGAAAAAUAAGAUGGAUUAUUGUGUAAAUACAUCGUAAAUUAUUUAAAUGUCUAUUUGCCUGGUAUUGUUUUUAACCAUCAUUCAGGCACGAGUGGUUCCUGUGUGACCUGUUUUGUGGAACAUAUGAAUGGUGAAUAACUGAAGUAAAGGUUGUUUUUCUUUGUGCAUUUCUUUACUUGUCAGAUGAAGAGUGACUCCUUAAACACUUGAGCUCGACAUGUCGUACAGGGAGACUGUAGUCUUGAGCUGUUUAGAUUUACAGCUGGCUCAGCGUAUUUUUAUUACACUUUCUCUGACCACUCUUGUUGAAUGGUGGUUAAAAAUGACACUGGAGUGUUUGAAAAUAUUGUGUGUGUGUGUGUGCGUGUGUGUAUGCUGGACUCUUUCUUUUUUUCUUCCUGUGAAGCAUGGGGAUGUGUUUUGUGUUCUUGUGGCCUGGUCUGGUUUUUUUUGUUGUUUUUUUGUGUCUGUUCUCUCCAAAUUAGCUAACAAUCCUUUAAAUCUACAUGGUGGCCCACAGAAAGUAUUUUAUCAGGCUAGUGAUUAAGAAUUAGAUGGUUAGAAUAACAGUAUUGGUCUAAAAUUAUAAUCACAGGACAGUUGAAUUUGCUCUUGGGGAAGAUGCAUUGUCUAUUUGCAGCAGCAGAGUUUCAUCUUCUUGUUCUUUCCUCGGUUCUUCAAAGUGUUUUAUCACUUAGAUGUUUACAUUUGAUCCUCACAAGCCUCCAGAACACAGCUGACAGUUAGCACUUCCUGUCAGACUUUUUUUUUUCCCCCUCAAGUUGUAAUCCUCUUCUGUAACUUGUACGAGGAUAACGUUGAGACAAACGAGGGGUGUGUGGAACGGACCUGGAAGAAGCCUAAAUAAACCAGUGUGUACAUGCAUUAAGACUUCUGUCGCAACAAAGCCCUAAGCUGGUUUUUAAGCUUCAUUUAACUCACUUAAAUGGCUUUUUAACAGGUCAAAUAUGUCCCAGCUACUGUUCAAGCCCCUGGUUCAUUCAUAGCAAAGUUGAAGUUAUUAAAUCACGCAAACAAUCAAACGUCAGCUUUUUCGUAACUGUUGUCUGUACAUCACCAUCUUUGAAAUCUAUCGAUCCAAUGAACUGGAUUUUAACCAAUCUCAGCCGAUCUGCUUCAUUCCCAUAAAACUUUAAUAUCCAUAUGUUAACACGCAUGAAACAGCUUUUCAAAUACUGUUUUGCAACCGUCCCAUCCAUGUUCAUAUGUGGUUAUUUGUUAUCAAAAUGUUAAUGUUUGCUGCUUCUUUUUUUUUUCCUCCACCCUACAUUCCUAAAAAUUGUGUGAAACAUGUUUGAGUCUGACUUUUAUGUGUAUGUGUAUAAAGAAUGUAUGUAAACAUCGUUGGACUUCUUCACCAUCACAACAUAGUUGUUAAUGCUUCAUAAUUUUGAUUUUAAAUAGACAUCCAUGUCAUCUGGUGGGUUUACAGUGUUUCAGCUGAUUUAAUUUAAAAAUCUGAGUUAUCAAAAGUUGUGGAUCCCAGUCAUGGGCAGAAUAAAAAGGAGUUAGAUGCGGGGAGCAAAUGCUGAGAUGCUGCAACAUGUAAUCUGUGAUGGCGUGUAUACGAAACUUGUAACACUUUUUCUUGAUGUGUCAUUCCAUACAGGAGACAGACCACACUAUCGUUGACCAUCUAAAUAUUUCAUUACUUCUCUUUAACUGAAAGAGUGUAAACAUUCAUGUGUGUAGACUGAGUCUUAUCAAAGUUGUCAAAGCAGCAUCUUUGUCCUUAAAUUCACAUGAAGGUCAGAAUCCCAUGAUGCCCUUUUGACAAGUGAGGCUUCAAUCCCCAGGCUCUCCGUGACUAGAUGCUACUGUGUGUGCAUUAUAUGUUGACGUGGCGGUGAUGAGAUAAUUCAUUGUUUUUUGACAUUGUGUACAAUGAAAAUACAUCAAAUUUCCUUCUGGCUUUAAAAUUGUCAUUGAGAAAAUUAAAUGGUUCUAUCAUUAUA